AAUAAUAAUAAUAAUAAUAAUAAUAAUAAUAAUAAUAAUAAUAAUAAUAAUAAUAAUAAUAAUAAUAAUAAUAAUAAUAAUAAUAAUAAUAAUAAUAAUAAUAAUAAUAAUAAUAAUAAUAAUAAUAAUAAUAAUAAUAAUAAUAAUAAUAAUAAUAAUAAUAAUAAUAAUAAUAAUAAUAAUAAUAAUAAUAAUAAUAAUAAUAAUAAUAAUAAUAAUAAUAAUAAUAAUAAUAAUAAUAAUAAUAAUAAUAAUAAUAAUAAUAAUAAUAAUAAUAAUAAUAAUAAUAAUAAUAAUAAUAAUAAUAAUAAUAAUAAUAAUAAUAAUAAUAAUAAUAAUAAUAAUAAUAAUAAUAAUAAUAAUAAUAAUAAUAAUAAUAAUAAUAAUAAUAAUAAUAAUAAUAAUAAUAAUAAUAAUAAUAAUAAUAAUAAUAAUAAUAAUAAUAAUAAUAAUAAUAAUAAUAAUAAUAAUAAUAAUAAUAAUAAUAAUAAUAAUAAUAAU